AUGAGCAAUGGCGACAGCGCAGGACACCUCAUCAAGGCAGAGACGAUAGAGGACGGGCUGUUCGACGUCAUGGGCUUUCAGGAGUGCGAGAGCGGCGUCCGAGUGCUAGAACCGGUCGGCCUCCUGGAAAGCUACGAGGUGCUGCAAGGACACCACGCUGUGUGCCUGGCCUACCGAAAGGGUGUGUGGAACCUACUGGCCAGUGGGAACGUGGAUGUCGGGGAGGACAUGAAGUCCCACUACUAUGGACGUCGUGGAGUAGUGUGGGUGCGGUUGCAGCACGGAGUCACUGGCAGAAAGCUGCUCUUUGCCAACCACCAUGGACCCCUGGAGGUGAACUCCGGAGGGGAUUGCGGUGGCGACUCCAUAGCCAACAACCUCAUUGAAGUCAUGCGAAACAGCUCCGAACCAGGUGACACCAUUCUCCUGGCCGGAGACUUCAAUGCCAACUCUGCCUCUCUCACUAUCCAG